CAAAAAAUCUCUCUCCAGUGGAAAGGUUCCAAACCAAAGAUAGUUUACAAGUGGAACGGUUGCAAACACACUGUAGAUCAGGAUGGGAAACCUUUGCUGCAGUAGCAGCAGCCAAGAUACAAAAGUGAUCCAAAAUAGUACCAGAAGCGAUGCAAAGAGUCAUUCAGAUGGAACAACAAUACGCGGCUCGAAGAUCUUACAAAGUGGUGCAUACCAAGUAGACUCCGAAGGUACAAUUUUUUUCGAUGCCAUUGAUAGAUUUCCAUCGCAGGAAGAUAUGUUUUAUCCUCCCGCUCACACUAUGAGACUGUCACUCUCUCUGAACGAGGUGGACAUGGAGCAACCAGGGACUCUCCCGAUUCUCCUGAGUAAUCCCAGCCUCGGAUCGAUAGAAGAAGUAGAUGGGCAGCAGCCGCAACGCCGAUCCGUAGCUGCCAUCUCAAAACAUCUUUCCUCGGAAACCCCGGGGUCUCAAGGAUCAGGAUAUCCCGGAGAAUUGACAGAAUCAGAUUUGGAAACGUGCCUCAAAUUUCGCGAAGAGCUAAAGAAAAGAGACCCUGCCUUCAAAGAAAUGGUCAUGUCAAUGCACCCAUACGAACACGAGGCAUUUGCCCUCUGUCGGUAUUUGCGGGCGCGUGAUUUUGUCAUUGAAGACGUGUUUGCCAUGUUGACAGAAAAAAACCAACCUCAAAGCUGGUCCAUCGCAAGGGACGCCGGUUUCUACGAGGACUUUCACAACACGAUCCCAGAAUUCAAUGGCUGUCCRCUGCCAGUGUUUUUGACUCAAUUUCCCCUCAUCCAUAGCGGAAUUGGCAAGAACGGUGCGAUCGUCUUGUAUUUCAAGGCGGGAGAGGUCAACUGCCCGGGUAUCGAAUGCAUCGCCGGAGAUAUGGUCAAUGCGCUUCCCGUUGCAUGGAAUCGGCUUUACCACGGCGCACGCAAUGCCAUGAAACGGGAAGUUGCACGUGCGGAUCCUUCUACCACCACGGUCUUGGGCGAAAAAAUCAUUGUAGUCGAUCUUGCGGGUGAUUCGGCACUAUUCUCGAGCGGACUAGACUUUUUGAAGGCUGCACCGGCAGCGGGCUCGUGCUUUCCCGAAACUGUCAACCGAACGUAUGUCUUGAACGCACCCUUUUCCUUUUCCAUUGCGUGGGCAGUCAUCAAGCAGCUCAUCGACCCCAGGACCGUCCAAAAAAUUGGAUUCUUUUCGACGAUCGCCAAGGCAACAUCGGAUUUUCUAAAGUACAUUGAAUCGGAAGACUUGCUUUCGACUUAUGGUGGAACCGGAGAAUCCUUCGAGGAAAUCUUAGCCAAACGCCAGAAGGAACUUACACACAAAGAAGGAAUCGCUCGGUACGUUGUAAAACAACUGACCACGGCCGGGAAUGAGAUUUGUUUCGGGUUUGAUCUAUCCGAGGAAGAAACGGUGGAUUCGAUCGUGGUCUACAGCCGGUCGGAUAAUGUGUGCGAGAUUUCGGUAGUGGACAGCAACGGCAACGAGGUUGUGAAGGAGACCGAAGUCCGCAGAGAGAAUGCCACGAAUAGCAACACCGCAGAGGACAUUUCUCGYAACAAUUAUGCCAUGGAAAUUGCAACAUCCGAGGACUUUGCCCAAACCCCUGCAGGCUCCUUUGUUGUCAAUACCAAGAGCGGAAAAAAGGGAGACCACUAUUUGGUGGCCGUCACUGUUGCCGAGAAGCAGUGAAGUUCGACGGCAAUGCUCGCGCAAAAAUGCUAGGCGUGAUUGGCGAACGGGAUGUACACCCGAGAAGGCAAGUAAAAACAAAACGUAAUAGGUUCGAUCCAAGCAGGCCGGAAAGGGACAGGUGUUUUUUUGUCAUGUGGGGAUUCAGCAUGUGGCAACUGGAAAAUAUAGAUGGUUUUACUARUAAGUGCGCGGAGACACCWUGUUCAAUAUUUUCUUCUAUUGUCAUUGUCACUAUGAAAGGAGUUUCUUUCAGAUUGCUUAUUCCUUGAAAAGAAUGAAAAUGAUCACAGUUC